AAAUUAAAUAUUGAUUCCCAAAGACUACCUAAAAGUAUUUAAAAACGGAGGAAUUACUAUAGAUUUAAACUUUUGGUUACCAGUCGGAAAAGAGAGAGGGUAAAAAAAAAAAAAAAGAAAAGAAAAAGAUAUGAUUAUUGGGCUAGUUUGAUGGACUGAAACAUUUUGAACGGACUAAAUGAGUAAUUGGGUUUACAGUCGAGCCAUUUAAUCUGCAGUUUAGUGGAGAAGAAAUUAGGCCCACUAAAAUAAGCAAAACUUGCAAUCUCCUCUUUGGCAAAGCUUCUCUCUGUCGUCGCUCUAAAUUAAAUUCUCUGACGCAUUAACGCAAACACUUACCAGGCAAAGCAUUCAAACACAAUCUUCAGAGAAGAUGCAGAGUAUAAAGAGCUCUAUUUUGAGGCAUUUUAGACUUCAUGCUUCCUUCAGGACUUGGUCAUUUAAUGAAAAUGCAAGUCUACUGAACAUAUUCAACAGGCAACUGUGUACUACUACGGGUUACAGCGAUGACCAGAUAAUGGAUCGAGUGAUUGGCUUGGUGAAGAAGUUCAAUAAAACUGACACCACCAAGGUAACUGAAACAACUAAUUUCCAAAAGGAUCUAUGCUUGGACAGCUUGGAGAGAGUAGAGCUUGUUAUGGCCUUCGAGCAGGAAUUCUCCAUUGAGAUUCCUGAGGAAAAAGCUGAUAAGCUUACUUGCUGUGCUGAUGUUGCCAAGUAUAUUUUAGAUGAAACAAAGCAAAGUGCUGCCCAGAAUAACUGAAAUUUACCAGGUAUUGAUGAUGGAAUCUUAUAGUCAUACUAGAUGCUAUCUAAUAUUCUAAUUUGUAUUGACUUGGGAAGUUCUCUUUGAUUCUCUAAAACUCAUACGAAGUAUAUGCAAGUUUUUUUUUCUCCAGCACUAAAUUGAGUUUCUUUCCU